UCUCCCUCUGUGAUCCCUGAGCUAUAGAGAGAGGAACGCCCAGGGUGCCUAUUGGCUCAAGGCUGCUCAUUUAAACUGUGUGAGGGUUUUUUGGAGCUGGAGGACUACAACACUGCUCAGGAGGGCCAAGUCAGAGCUUCUCGACAGGUGCUCACUGCAAGGCACCUUGAGUAACAGUAAGAGAUUCUUGAACUCAGGCAGACUGAGGAGGGACAUUCAGAAUCAGAGAAAUAACUACAGCGGCCAUGCUUCCCAGGCUAAAUUGGCUUUGGUUGCUCCUGUUUGGGAUGCUGGGUGUAGUCUCACUUGUUACACAGGCAGAAGAGUCUGAGAAAGCAGUCACAUUUAGCCAUGUGUACAGGAUUGACUCUGGUUGUAAGCAGGACCAGCAGGCAGUUUUGCCUUCCCAGGACCAAGCAUCAGAAGGUCAGGUCAUGACGGUGGAUGGGGAGAAAGACAUUAUUUUCAAGCACAACAUUAAGUUUCCAUCAUCUAGCUGCAAUUGCGCUGAUUCAGAGGAAUUCAAAUCCCUGCUGUACCGUGUCAAUGGUUUGGAGGAGGAGGUUACCUACCUGAAGUCCCAGUGUGCUCAGGGCUGCUGCAGAGGAAGCUCAGGUGGAGACACAAGCUGUAAUGGCCAUGGUGUAUACCAGCACAACACUUGCAGCUGCAAAUGUGAUGCAGGCUGGGAGGGUCCAGACUGCUCCGUCUCCACCUGUCCGGAUAAUUGUAAUGAUAAUGGCUACUGUGUAGAUGGACGAUGCAUUUGCCACACUGGUUACAUGGGCCACGACUGUGGCCUGCUCACAUGUCCUGAUGACUGCAAUGACAAGGGCCACUGCGUGGAUGGCAAGUGUGUGUGCUUUGAGGGCUUCUCUGGAGACACCUGCAGCAUGCAGAAAUGCCCAAGUGACUGCAAAGAGAAUGGCCGCUGCAUCGAUGGACAGUGUCUCUGCGACGAGGGCUUUUUCGGAAAUGACUGCUCUAUGGUACUGGGUCUAAAAGACCUUCGUGUGAUCAGGGUGACUGAUGUGUCCCUGCUGGUGGAGUGGGAACAUGUAAAUAAAGCCGAGUACUACAUGCUCUCCUACUAUCCUUAUGGAAAUGAGGGAACCAUUCAGGAGAUCCGUGUUCCCAACACUGAAAAUUCCUACUUGAUCACAGGCCUCAAACCUGGAGUUACCUAUAUCGUGCAAGUACAGGCUGUCAUCAAGGGUAUCAGCAGUGAACCAGACCGCAUCACAGCCACAACAGAUUUGUCUGGUGUAGAAGGUGUUCGUGUGCUUGGACAGACAGAGGACUCUAUCCAGGUGGACUGGCAGAAUCCAGAAACAGAGGUGGAUUACUUUAAACUACGUCAUGCCAGUCCAGAUGGCCAAGAGGAGCUGGAAAACGUAGCCAGGAGCCAGGAGGCUAGGACUGUGCACACCAUUAUAGGUCUUAACCCAGGCACUGAGUACCAAAUAACAGUGCAGGCCAUCAAAGGAAGCAAUGAGGGCAAACCAUCCCAUGCCACAGGAGUCACAGACGUUGAUUCCCCGAACAACCUGGUCACUAGGAACGUAACCGAGACCACAGUGUCUGUGAUGUGGGAGAAGGUCCGUGCUGAGAUUGAUGGCUACAUACUGACCUAUAGCUCUGCUGAAGGCUCCAGCCAGGAGAUCCAUGUGGGAGCAGAUGCCACUUCCUACCAGCUCACAUCACUGAAACCUGGGGUGCUGUACACCAUCUUUGUCUGGGCCUACAAGGGUUCCCGUUUGAGCAAGAAGAGCUCUACUGAGGCUGUGACGGAACUAGAUGCACCUACUAAUCUCUUGGUCCAAGAAGUGACGGAGGACUCAGCGAUGGUGUCAUGGGACAGAGUCCAAGCAGAAAUAGAUGGCUACAUACUGAGCUACAGCUCUGCUGAUGGCUCCAGUGAUGAGGUGCGAGUGGAAGCAGACAGCACCUCCUACCAGUUCACUGGUCUGAGGCCAGGAGUUGUAUAUACAGUCUACGUCUGGGCCAUCAAGGGCUCUCGCUCCAGCAGGAAAGCUACAACACAAACUGAGACAGAAAUUGAUGCUCCAAAGAAUCUGAAAGCUAUUGAUGUUAAGACGGAUUCUGCAGAUCUAACCUGGAAACCUCCUCAGGCUCACAUUGAUGGCUACAUUCUUAGUUACAGGCCUGAUGACAGUAGUAUGCAGACUGUUGAGAAGAACUUUGUUGCAGGAGAUACCAGAUUUAGCGUCUCUGGUCUGGCCACAGGGAAGAAGUAUAUUGUCACUCUGAUUGCCUAUAGAGGCUCAAAGAGGAGUAAAGUGGUGGAGACCAUAUUUGUCACUGUAGGAGCAGCUUAUCCCUUCCCUAUGGACUGCAUACAGAUCAUGAAGAAUGGAAACAUGGAGAGUGGAGUUUACAAUAUCUACGUGGCCAGUGACCGCAAUAAGCCAAUGCAGGUGUAUUGCGACAUGACCACAGAUGGUGGUGGCUGGAUUGUCUUUCAGAGACGCAACACCGGCAAGCUAGACUUCAUGAAGCGAUGGAGACAAUAUAUCCAAGGCUUUGGGGACCUGACUGAUGAAUUCUGGCUUGGCCUGGAGAACAUCCAUGCACUGACCAACACAAGCACAAAUUAUGAAGUGCGCUUCGAUCUGGGCCUCGGAAGCGAGCGUGCUUACGCUGUCUAUGAUGACUUCAAAGUAGGAUCAGCUAAGCAGAAAUUUAAGCUCACUAUUGGCAAUUACAGAGGAAACGCAGGUGAUGCUAUGUCCUACCACCAGGGCAGACCUUUCACUACUAUAGAUUCGGACAAUGACAUUGCCCUGGGUAACUGCGCUUUCACACACCAUGGUGCCUGGUGGUACAAAAAUUGCCACUUAGCCAACUUAAAUGGCAAAUUUGAGGACAACAGACACAGCAUGGGGGUGAACUGGGAGCCAUGGAAGGGCCACCGCUUGUCCCUGGACUAUACAGAGAUUAAGAUCCGCCCAGUGAACACAGCUAGCCGAAAGAAGAGAUCACUCAAGAGAAAAGCAGCUGCCUAAUGAUCAGUAAACUGCAAAGUGAAAUGACACAAAGAAAGUAGAAAUUGUGAUUAAUCAAAAUAUCAUAUAUUAUCUCAUUAAAAAAAUAUAUGGGUGACAACUGGCCUUUACAGAUUACAGAUAUUGAUACAGACAUAAUUACAGAUAUUGUACAACUGUAUUGCUUUAUCUUAGAAUAAUGUCAAAAGGUCAAAUGAAAAAAAAAAAAUCAAUAUUUUAUUAUAUUUGUCCGAUGUAGCAACUUGUACAGUGUAAGAUUAUGGGAUUAUUCCCUAAACAGCUGUGGUAUAGUUGGCCAAUUUUCAAACUGUUAAGUGAUUUCAUAUAGUCCCAAUGAUUCAUUCAUAAUACAAGGGGCAUAUAAACUGUAAAUUAGCUAUAUAAUUAAAAUUCACACAUUAUAAGUUCAUUUUAUCACCAUUUCCUCAUUUUACAAUUAUUACAGUGUUCAGUAUGGAAUGAUGUCUUAUAGAUUUGAGGGGUUUUACCCCCCCCCCCCCCUUUUUUUCAUUUUAAUAGUAUCUACUGCAAUUAUUACUUUUACAUUUUAGACCUAAAUGCUGUAUAGUAUGUAUUAGGCUUGUAAUGUUAACAGUUUGGAUAUGUACUGUAGGACAGUACUAUAAAGUGAUCUC